UGUGUGACACAUCAUUGGAAGUUUUCAGUGGCCUCUAUGUACAUGAUCCUGAAAAUCCUAAAUAACCUGCUAGGAAUCAUUUUGGGUUAAUAUAUCCUUUUAGAUGCACGGAUUCUGGAUUCCAGAAAGACAUUACAGGACUCAGAGACAAAUCAGAGGAAGUUAGCAUUCAUGCUUAAGGUGCUAUGUUUUAAAACUUCAUUUAGAAUGGUGAAAGUGGUAUUUGCUGUAAUGAUCUUCAUUUCACUGCUAAUUGGCAGUGAUAAAACCUCUAAUCCUACAACCAAAGGCUGCAAGACCACACCGCAGCCCAAACCCAGUUCAACCACACCGCAGCCCAAACCCAGUUCAACCACACAUGAAUCUAAUGGUCCUGACUGUGUUAACUCUGCAGGACAAGUGAUAGGCCCGGAGAAUUGCACAGUCCCAUCUCAGGUCUCUCUUAAUUUCACACGGGAAUUUAUGAAAGCAGUUAAUGACAUCUUAAACACAAGUGACCUGAACACGGUGAUGAGAGCUGUUAGGAACUUGGAGAUGGCUCUGGAACGCUCUGAUUUUUCAGAGUCAGAAUCACUGAAAGAAGGAAAUCUUACUGCAUACCUACACAAAGCAGAUAAAUCCUCCGGAAAUCUUAGCAUUUAUGCCAGCGACAACCAGGCGAACACAAAUGCCUCACGGGUGUCGAACAUCAUAGUGCAGGUCACCCUACCAGAGGAGCUAGCAAUAAUUGAGAACACAACGGUGGUCUUCUGCAUGAUAAUCUCACCCAAGCAAUAUGUGAAUGUGACAGAUGGCCGAAUUAUUGGUGUGAGCGUCGGUGGAAAGAAUGUCUCAGGUCUGAGGACUCCUGUGAUUAUGUCUGUGCAUGUGGGACCACUUGCAACCAGAAAGCCAAAGUGUGUAUUUUACAACUUCACAUCCUCUAACUUCGAAGGUAGUGGUUGUUCAACAAAGUGGAGUACAGGAGAGGACACGGUUAUCUGCUCAUGUGAUCACCUCACCUACUUUGCGGUAUUAAUGGUAUCUCCUGAUAAUGUUUCUGAGAAAGACAAAGUUGUUCUAUCCUACAUCAGUCAAGUUGGGUGCAGUUUGUCUUUGCUGUUCCUGGUGGUCGCUGUCAUUCUCUACUUUGUGAAAUGGCGUGGCUCAGCAGAUCAGUCUCAGCAAGUGCACAUUAGCCUGGCUGUGGCUCUCAUUCUGUUGAAUGGACAUUUCAUAAUGAAUGAUCUGGUUGUAAAUGUACGAACUGCAUGUAUCUACGUGGCAGUUCUACUCCACUACUCUCUCCUGGCCACUUUCACCUGGACAGCUAUCGAAGGCUUCCACCUCUACUUGCUGCUGCUGAGGGUCUUCAACAUCUACAUCAGGCGAUACCUACUCAAACUAAGCCUGGUGGGCUGGGGUGUUCCUGCUGUUGUUGUUAUUUUGAUCUUCAUCAUUGACAAAUAUGUGUACCUGAAUGUGGGCAUAUCUUCAGGGAAGAGCAGCAACAUCCAAGGAUGCUACAUCUCCAAUGAAGUUGUGAAAAAUGUCACCAUUUUGGGCUUCUUCUGUGUGAUAUUUGCCUUUAACUUGGGCAUGUUGGUGGCGGUUGUCCGGACUCUGUUCUUCAAGCGCCCUCUGUACCCGGGUCAACAACAGAAACGUAGAGCCAAAGACAUCUGCACAAUUCUGGGCAUCACCUGUCUACUGGGCAUCACCUGGGGUCUGAUCUUCUUCUCCUUUGGCCAACUUUCCACUGUUGGCCUCUACUUCUUCUGUAUAUUUAACUCACUGCAGGGAUUAUUCAUCUUCAUUUGGUUGUGCAUGUCCAAAUCAGCAUCUAGUGAGAGCCAAGAGAAUGUGGACACACACACAAGCAAUACCUGAACUCCACCGCAACUCUGCGGCCAACUACUGGGUCAUUUAGGGCAUACUUUUAAAGAUCAUAUAUAAAUACACACAGGUUCUCAGUUUAUGAACUCUAAC